GAUCAUGAAUAAUGCUAUUGGAGACUUGCUCUCUCCUUCUAGUUUAUGAGGUUUGAUAUUUAAAGGAGGAAGUGUUUGAUUCUUGCCAGUUGUGUACAGUAUGUUGUACAAUGUUGUAUUGAGCACAGAAUCUGGAGGGCUCACCUGUUGACUUAAAGUGAAAGGGAAGUAUUGUGUUGCCAUUUUGAUGUGAUCUGUAAGAUGGAAGACGGAGCAGUUCAAGGUAUCCAUGAGUCCAGCAAAUACCAGCUGAUGCCAGGAAGCGAGAUGACGAUGGAUUCAGGAAAGUUUCGGAACAGCUCAGGCUGGAUGGCGUUGAUUGAGUGGAUGUACGAGGGAGUGGACCACACGCUACCAGGCAAUGGUGGGCGGGAGUGUGUGGAGUUUCUAGGAGUCUCACAACGGAUAGUGGAGAGUUCUUGUGCCACCCUGUUUUCAUUGUUUGUCAUGUGGAUUGCAUAUCCACGCCUGACUCUGCCAAAGAUUUCCUAUGAUGAAUUAAGGGACAAUCAGAUAGGGAAACGCCUUCUUCUAGUCAUGAUGUGUUUAACUUUCGGGAUCGAACUUGGGUUCAAGUUCGCUACACGACAGUUUAUAUGGGUGUUUAAUCCGUGUCAUGUGGCAACAGUUAUACAGAUUUUUUUACUUGCGGCACCUCCAAGCAAAGUAGUGACAGCAAUGUUUCGACUACACAUGCAUAUGUUGACGGGGGCGCCUAUAGCUGUCCUGUUUCCUGUUGUGAAUACAAGAUUGUUGCCCAUGGAGACAGAGGUUUACUACAUACAGCAUAUCCUGAUGCUUGUCAUACCAUUUUACCUCUUGAAGACUGGAGGAGCAUACAUUCCAGAGAACAUCCUGGACUUCACGUGGGGCUUCAUGUCCCUGGGCAUCCUCUACAUCUACCACUUUGUGCCCCUCCAGCUCCUGGCUUAUUUUUCCACAGUCAACCUGAACAACAUGCUCUGUCCUGCUGUGUCCGACCCCUUCCACGGACCCUAUUACCGGCUGUGUGCUCUCACCCACCAGACAAUCCUCAUACCAUGCCUCGGAAAAGUUUAUGUUGUAAUCGCCAAUCAUCUACCCGUGUGGCGAGCACAGUCAAAAGAACAUAUACAGGAAGUUAGCUGCUGGGAAAGGAGCAACACCAAGUAUCUUCACCAAAGUAAUCAUCCAAGGGGAGAUCACCCUUUCCCAAGGGAAGAUAACUCUGACCAACAGCGAUUGAAUGGACAUGUUAAGACAUCAUGAACAUGUGUUUUUGCAUUUAUGUUGUCCUGUUUACAUUUGUUUUACAAUCAUCACUUGUAAUUUUAAUGUGAUUAAUAUAUUUAACAUCAUAUCUUGCUCACUUUUAAUGUGUUGAUAGUUCAUGUAGUUUAUCUUGUUAAAGAAUUGAGCGAUUACAUUUUUUUUCCCAUCCUCAUGCAUAGUUGAACAUUUUAUGAUUUUUUUUGUAGCAUAGUUCAGUCUUGGAAUUCUGAUAAUUGAUUCUAUUUAAUUUGGUAUGGAUACUUAAUUGUUUGACACUUAAAAUGAAGAAGAAUAUAGGCUAAAAUUGUAUAAUUAUUUAUGAAUUAUUCGUCAUUAUCCAGUAAUUUUUCAGAUCUGAAACAUACAAUCCAAGCCAUAAUUUGAACUUGUCCUAUGUCUGAAACUGAUGCGGGGCGGUUGGGUAGCCUAGUUGUUAAAGCGAUAGCUCGUCAUGCCGAAGACCCGGGUUCGAUUCCUAACAGUGGUAAAAUGUGUGAAGCCCAUUUCUGGUGUCCCCCGCCGUGAUAUUGCUGGAAUAUUGCUGGAAUAUUGCUAAAAGCGGUGAAAACCAUACUCACUCACUCACUCACUCACUGAAACUGAUGCCUUGGUAUUGAAAUGAGGCAAUGUAUCAGAAUAGAUGAAUCUCCUGUCAUUUCCCAAAGCUUGACAGGUUACAGUGAGCUAGGUUGGCUGGCUACUUGGAUUAGCUUCUCUCAGAGAGGGGGGGCACGUGUGGCCCAGUCGUCUAAGGGGCCGCGAUUCGCUGUGCAGAGUUGCGUCCUUUGGGCAUGCCAGAAACCUAUGAUUGUGGGUUCGAAUCCCGGUUCGCCCCGAUUAUGUUUCUAGGU